AGCCCUGCGAGCAGGGUCACCGCGCCCAUCUCUGCUGUCUGAUGGCCGGAGCGAGAGCCUGACACACCGAACGCACAAGAAGCUCUCCAGCGCUCGCGGACGACCAGUGUGGAGCUAUCGAAAGACGAUAAUCUGGACCGAGCCUCAUUCAGCACCGGGAAUCAGCGUGAAGCUCGUGUUAUUUGGGCAGAAUCGGCGCGGUUGCAGCUGUCGCGGCUGCGGGUUCGGGGAGUGCCGCUCUCCGCUGACUGACUGACGGACUGUCUGCAGGUCGGGCAGCUGUGGAGCUCUGUUCGCUGUUUACAGUCAAUGAUAAAUACACAAUUAACUGCUCCGACAGAUCUCAGAUCAGUGCGAGCGCCAGUGAGCGGACGGAGUGAAGCAGAAGAAAAUGAGCGAACUCGACCAGUUACGUCAGGAGGCUGAACAGCUGAAAAACCAGAUCAGAGAUGCACGGAAAGCAUGUGCAGAUGCCACCCUCUCUCAGAUCACAGCUAAUAUUGAUCCUGUGGGGCGGAUUCAGAUGCGCACUAGACGGACACUGAGGGGACACUUGGCGAAGAUCUACGCCAUGCACUGGGGCACUGACUCAAGGCUUCUUGUUAGUGCUUCCCAGGAUGGAAAACUUAUUAUCUGGGACAGCUAUACUACAAACAAGGUUCAUGCCAUCCCGCUGCGCUCCUCAUGGGUGAUGACCUGUGCGUACGCGCCGUCCGGAAACUACGUGGCGUGCGGAGGUUUGGACAACAUCUGCUCCAUCUACAACCUGAAGACCCGCGAGGGGAACGUGCGCGUCAGCCGCGAGCUGGCCGGACACACAGGUUAUCUGUCCUGCUGCCGUUUCCUGGAUGAUAACCAGAUUGUGACCAGCUCAGGCGACACCACCUGUGCUCUGUGGGACAUCGAGACGGGCCAGCAGACGACCACGUUCGCGGGUCACACCGGUGAUGUGAUGUCACUGUCUCUGGCUCCAGACACUCGUCUGUUUGUUUCGGGCGCCUGCGACGCCUCCGCUAAACUGUGGGACGUCAGAGAAGGCAUGUGCAGACAGACCUUCACCGGCCACGAGUCUGACAUCAACGCCAUCUGUUUCUUCCCCAAUGGCAAUGCGUUCGCCACGGGCUCAGACGACGCCACCUGCAGGCUGUUCGACCUGCGCGCGGAUCAGGAGCUGAUGGUCUACUCUCACGACAACAUCAUCUGUGGGAUCACCUCCGUGGCCUUUUCCAAGAGCGGACGCCUGCUGCUCGCCGGAUACGACGACUUUAACUGCAACGUGUGGGACGCUCUCAAAGCCGACCGCGCAGGUGUUUUGGCGGGUCAUGAUAAUCGCGUCAGCUGCUUGGGCGUCACUGAUGAUGGCAUGGCUGUGGCCACAGGAUCCUGGGAUAGCUUCCUUAAGAUCUGGAAUUAAAGCCGUAAGAUCGCAUCCGGACUCUAAGAUUGACUGGAAGACUCGAUUCCCAAACGAAAAAAACAAAAAAAUGUUCGAUUUUAUUCUCCUCUGUCCUUCUCAAACACAACAGAACUGACCCCCGACAUCUAGAAAUGAUCCUUUUGGAAACCACACACACACACACACACACACACACACGCACACAAAGAAAAGACGAAGAAAAAAAAAAAAAAGAGCACAAUUGUUACACUCAGCUAGAUUGUAGUGGAUAACGUUGAUAAUUGUGCAUCCUUUUCUGGGACCAUUUUCUGAUCUUGUAUUGAGAGAACAUGAAGACACUCAUUCCACCGCUAAUGUCAUUACGCUAACGUCAUCUUUCCCAAAGCUCCACGGGCUUCUCCUGGACCUCCCGAUACUUCCCAUAAUCAAAUUUGUGUAAUAAUAAUAAUAAAAAAACCUCUGAUUGGUCCAGACGGCUCUCGUGCGAGCAUCUGAUUGGACGAUCAGGAAUCCACAACAGCUGCUAUCAGGCCUGUACAUUUACUCCCUGCUAAUUUGAUUAUUAAUAUGUAUUAUUUUUCCAUCGGUCUAGCUGUUUGCACGAGUAACACGAGUUUCGCAAAACUAGCCGAGCACGUGCUGUUCAUGAAGCCCGAUUCACAAAGGAGAAACGGUCUCCUUUCUACCCACACUCUUCCUCCUCUCACGCUUUAUUUGGGAGCAGUUCAGUGAAGAUUAACCAAUGUUUUUAUUCGAUAUCUCUCUUUAACGCGGCGGACGCUUGAAGGAGUCGCGGGCAGUCCUUCCCUUUAUCGUUUCUCUCGUUUAUUCCUAUGAUUUCGAAGCAGAGGUGCCCGUUCUGUGCUUGGAAAACAGUUAAUACUCUGUGAAUGACAUGUUGUAUAAAUCAAUGUUUGAAAAUAAUGAUAUUGAACAUUUUUACGUUAAAAAAAACGACAAAAAAGAAGCUCUUUAUUUUGGUCGUCUGCCAUGAGUGGGAAACUCGUAGAAAAAAUCGCAUGCUGUAGAAUUGCUUAAAGAAAAAAAAAAAACGACAAAAAAAAAAAAAAGAGGUGCAUACGGAAACUAAAGUCCUUGAUGUUUUAUUCUUUUCCUUUUUAUUUUGAGCCUGUUGGAUAGAUCUCUCAUCGCAGUAUUUAUUUUCCUUCGUUUGCUACUCUGUGCAUACACGGUUUGGUUUGAUUUUCGAAGCUAUGCACUCAAGAGAAGCAAACAUGUUGAUCACAACAACAGCGAAUGGUGAGUCGAUCCGUCCCACACACACACACAUGCGCGCACACACACACACACACACGAAUAAACUAGAACAAAGACAUCUCUCUUUGUAGCAAAAGGAAAAUUUCAGAUACAAAGACAGCGCUCGAGACAUUUUAUAACAAACAAACAGGUUUUUUUUUCGUUCUUUAAUAAUAAAAAAAAGUGGAAAGAAGGAAGGCGGACGCAUCGGGAUGGCAGAACUUAUCUGUUGUUCCUCUCGACAUGUAUCAAGAAUCUCUCUCUCUCUCUCUCUUUAGCUGUAGUGGCAUUUCUUCCAUUCUCUUAUUUCUCUGCGACUUUCUGUACGAUAUGAAUAAUAAAAACACACGCAUAAAGUGCUGUCGUCGUGCGUUAGGCCGGGAGUUUGGCGAGAAAACGAAAGUAAAACGAGCUUUUUCUUCCUCUCUUCCCUCCUCGCGUCUCUCCAUACAGAUAACUCUCUCCGCUCUGCAUCCCCCCCCCCCCCCCACUCUACCCUUCUCCAUCUUUUGUAUUUAAUUUUAAAGUCAGUGUACAACAGGAAGCUGGAUGCAAGAUAGAAACUAUAUUAAAAUGUACUGUUAUUUAAGAUGUAAUAAAAGCAGUUUGAGACGA